AUGCCCGACCUCAACUCUGUUCCAGCAUCUCCCCACGCUCUUGCGGCAUCUCGACGCGCUUCCUCGACCCAGGCCAACCAGCCGCAAAUGCCACCUCCGCCCGCUUCCACGUCGCCUUCGUUGAACAUCCUGCCCUCGAACCAGGAGGCUCUCCAACAUGCGUCACCAGGAUCGCUAUCAUCACCACCGCUCCCGGCUGCAGCGAACAUGGCUCCAGCACCAGGACAAGACAAUACGGGUGUCGGCGCCGGGCCGGGUCCUUUGCGACACCCCCGCCCUCUGACCGCUGCUGAGCUGCAUUCAGAAGUAGAACAGGAGCAGGAACUGCUGGUCAACCGCUUGACUCGAGACUUGACAUUGCUCCGAGCCGCCCAGAACUCUUCGGUCGUCUCCAAUACCUCAUCCACGAGCGCCUCGACUUCUACCGACCAGGCUCACCCGUCUUCGUUUACCGACACUCACCUCCUAUCCGGUCCAGGGUUUCCGAUUCCCACGACCAGCGCUGACCGACGCCACCACCGAACGAGCUCGAGCACGAGCGGACGCAGCGUCAGUCAGGUUGCCAGCCAGGGCUCCAUCCCUGCGCCGAUACCCAUACCUCAAGCCCACUCGGGAAGUGCUGCUUCGGUUCUGGAAGCUGCGCGAAACCCGCGGGGUGCUCCCGGAAUGAGUAGACAGAGCAGCAGGACGUCGCAUAGGAGCAGAAGUCGAAACCGAUCUCCUCAUUACGGUAGCCUGGGGCCGUCUUCGUACACCCAACAACAUGGAUUUCCCCACGACCCCAGCUCCAACUACUUUCUGCGUGGCCACACAUCUUCAAACCCGAGUAUAGCUCCUACACCUAGCUCUGAACUCUCGCCCGGUCUUAUGCCUGCCACCAUGCGCUAUGAGGAGACGGCACACUUCCGCCAUGAGCUCGAGUCGGCCAAGAACGAGAAUGAGAACCUCAAGAGACGGGUCAAGGAAUUAGAGAAGAUACUACGAGAGCGUAGAGAGAGUGAUGCCAGCCUUGGCAGAGGCCGAAGCGAGAGCACGAGUACAACUGCGAGCGUUAGUGUUAGCGGUGCGACUGGAAUUGGAGGCGUAGUUGGGGGCGGAACAGGCAUUGCUGGCGGUAGGAACGAACGAAGAGGUAUGGAACGCGCCAUGAGCACCCUGAGUAUGGCUGGCAGUGUUGCGGUUGGCGUUCCAGACGACGAACUUCGAGUUGGAGAGAGUGCUGCAAGCACAGGUCUCCGCUCCGAAGCUGGACAGACCCAGGAGACGAAGUAA